UUACUCGGCUCGUGUCUUCGAAUCCGAACUAUAAUCACGGACAUCCAUUUUCGUUUUCGUCUAGAAUUCCAAGCUGAUCGUGACCGAGUACGGUGACUCGAUGUCGGCGAUUCUCGACACGUGCGGAAAUGGUGCCGGUUCUCCCUCGAUAUCGAAAGCAGAAGAUAAUUUGUCGAACAGCGAUGGUCCGUUGAUCAAAAGUUGCGUUCGUCGGAACAGUUGCAACAGCGUUCAUGCAAGUUCUGAAAACGUCGAUCGAGCAUUGACUGUCGCUUCGCACGCGAUGUCAACGCCUAACGAGAAAUCAACGAAACGACGUUAUUGUCUGUGGACGUUGACGUUCAUUCUGUCGAUAAUAGGCCUGUGUAAUCUUUUCCUCAACAUCACGGUGAUCGCCGUGUUACGAAUCAGCCAAGGAAUGGAGGCGAUGGAAGUGAUACCUGACGAGAAUCUUGUCAAAUUUUACGGAAAGACCGACUUGGACAGGGUGUGUUUGCAAUCGGGAGUUUGUCAGAGUUACGGUGACGAACCGAUGGAGAUCUCUGGAGACGAAGCUGGUGUGCAAAUAGACGUGAAUGGUCGACGAUCGUACGAGGAAACGCUUGCGAAAGUAACAGUUUUGCCAAACGGUACCACGAUGUCUCGAGUGGAGUCUUUCGAGAUCAAAGAUCCCAGAACUGGCAUAACGUAUUUCACCACCAAUUUUCCGAAUUUCGGUUUACCGGCUGGCGUACAGAAAAUAGACGUGAAAAUCGCAGAGACUUACAGGAUAACAUCGCCAGUGAACGAGAGUCUAACUGUUAAUUCCGACGAUCAGAUUUCUAUACAUGGCGCUGAAGGCGCCACCAUGGAAAGCAAAGAUAUCGUUUGGAGCGCGGAUACUGAUAUAUUUUUAAAGAGCGCCAACGGAAGCAUCGUUCUCGACGCUAAAGAUGGUGUUUCCAUAGACGUUGAAAAUAUUCCUGUUGCGCCGAUGUUCCUGCAAAAUCCAACCAGCCACGAACAGUACAAAGUCUGCAUCUGCAUGCCGCAGGGAAAACUGUUCAAAGUACCAGUUCGUACAGGCACGAACAGCCGAUCGAUAAACUGUGCUCGCGUUAACAGGACUCCGGAAAAUGAUCCUUGCUCGCGAUAAUUACGAU